GGGGGCCGCCGGAUGGAGAUGACGGGGGUCGUCAGAGGGGGCGGCGAGCCGCCGCGGGGCGACCUGUUCGUGGACGGCUCCGCCCUGAAGACGCAAUGGGCGGAGGCGGCACGCGCGGGCUGGGCUACCAUCACGGUGUCGCGGGACCGCAAGAUCGACCAGGAGCUGCUGGGCACCGUGCGUUGGCUGCUGCCACAGUGCUCGAGGUCCGCCGAGCUGGUGGCGUUGCGCGAGGCCACGCAGGCGGCACUGGGCCACUUCCGCAUCUUCACCGACUGCGCGAUGGUGCUGCACGGCUGGGACGCAGUGCGGCAGCGGUUCUGGCACCUCGCCGGCGAGUUGGGGGACGAAGCCAACCACUCCGCGAAGGCGAAGGCCCACGCAACGUUCGAGGACGCGAGGCAGGGCCGCAUCGCGGACUGUCAGAGGAUGGGCAGCCACAUUGUGGACAAGAACGCCGUGAAGGCGGCGGCGAUGCAUCCAUUCCACGACGAGCAUCUGGCGCGCGCGGAGAAGGCCAGCCG